AUGUUUGAAACAGAGAGUGGAGGUAGAAACCCCAGUGAAUACUUCAUCGUAACUGUAACAGUCCAGUACCUAAAGCCUUCUGAGAGGCAUUUGUCACAAGGGGAUAAUUUUGUUGAAGGAUCAAUGAAGAAGCGUGUCGACCACGUUGAGGUGAUCACUGAGAAGUUUCACCACCAUUGCUCAUCAAAUGUCGAGUGUCUUUAUCAUGCCAAAAGAAGUGCCAAUUCCGCAGAUGGAAGAAUCUGUGAAGAACUCCAACAGAUUGACGGCGACGCAGUCAUCCAUAAAGAAGACAAAUUGCUGUUUUACCUUCCCCAAAUUAACUGGCUUUCUCUGAUGGUUGCAAUAAAAGUGUGGAAAAUAGUUGUAGUCUUAAAAGGUCGGCAGCAUUGUCUUAGCAAAUACAUCUGGCAUUCAACAAAGCUAAAUGCAAAUAGUUUUGAUAACUUAGCAAUGAAACAGUCAGUUAUUGCUGUUAUGAAACUUUGCUAUAGAUUUCAUUCAAUUGCAUUUCGUUUUUUGUGUCAGAUGCAGAAACGACGGUCAUCACCAAUGGUUAGUUUAAAUGAUUGCUGGCAUCAAACUUCAGAAGAAGCUAAGCUACCGCAGGGGAAUGAACCGCUUGGUGACGAGACACAUGUAGACAAGAAAACAAAUGAAUCAUCAUAUUAUCUUUUCGGCUCUAUAGAAGAUAAGAAACCGCAUGGUGAAGAAGGCACGACAAAUGAGGACUUGGAAGAAAACGAAUCCCCGAUGGUUAAUCAAGGUGAGGGAGUAGCAAAGAUUACAUCUGUUGUUGGUGUAAAUUGGUCGCAAUAUUUGUCUUUGAUAGAAAUGUGGAUGCAUGUUCAUUUAUCUGAUUUCCAUACAGGUCCCAAAGAUGAUCAGAAAUCGCAUGCAGACGAAGGUACGUAUAUGUCAGUCAAAAAGUACGGAGGUUCUGAUGUGGAAGGAGCCGAAAGGGAUGCUGCCGUCUUGGAAGGUAUGCUUGAUACUCUUAGCAGACAAAAGUGUUCACUUUUGUGCGUGUGCAUAUGCUGGAAAAAAAUACACCUGCAUCUUCCAAUUUUAGCUACUUCAGAGGGAGGAGAAGGCUUCGUGCAUAUAGAUGAAACAGAUAUCCACAGCCGACUCUCUGCUUAUUUAAAAUCAGUGACAGAAAAGAUUUUUCUUCCUUUGAACCGGAGUUAUCACUAUUGCAGCAUUCGAGUUCUCCUUAAAGAUCUACCAGUGCAUGGUUUUACUAUACCUUCAAACCAUGAGACUGAAGAUUAA